AUGGGGUCCCGUUGCCGAAGCCUCUCGCUGCUGCUCCCCGGUGCCUCCGAGACACGGUACUGGGGCAGCGGCAGCCGCAGCCCCAGCUCGGCUCUCCCCGGUACGCCGGCCGGCCCCGCAUGCCCUCCCUUCCAAACACAUUUCCGGGUCCCCGGUAGAAGAGGGAAAGCCCCGAGGCACGCCGGGGGCGGGGGAAGCCGGUGCUGCCUGUCGGUGUCAGGCUGCGGGGGUGGGACUUGGCUGGGCUUGCCCAGGAUACCGGAGAUCCUGGUGCGCGGCCCCGGCAGCGGGCGGCGGCGGCUGCGCAACCCGCAGCAAAGCGGUGGCCGGUACGGCCCGAGGAGUGCCAGGAGCGGGGGGGGUCACAUCCCGUCCCCGCUGCACCGGGGCACGGAGCGGGCAGAGCGUCCCGCGGUCCCUUGCCAGGAUCUGCCGGGAGCAGCACCGACUGACAACUCCCGGUCCGGAGGGUCCCCGGGCACCCAGCGCGGGGUCCUGCCCCCGCCCAGCUCAGCCCUCGGGCCGGGCGAUGGAGCCGGAGGCCCCGGAACUCCCGGAGCCGCAGGAAGAGCCCUUCCCGGGCAGCAUCUGCCCCGACUCCCCCUUCGGGGGCUGGCGACUCGCGGAGGAUGCCGUGAGUCGGACAGCAAAGCCGAGGAGCUGCUGCAGCUGGCGGCGAACCCCGAUGAGGUCUGCGGCCUGGGGGGCCGCCACCUGCCCUCCCCGGACCCCCCGCGACCUGAGGACCCGAACCCCACCCCCCUCUUCGAGGUGGUUUGCGACCUCAGCGCUCCCCUGAGCGGCGGCGUCGUCUCCAUACAGCUGGGUCAGUGGGGUCGAGACCCAGGGCAAGGCUCAGCCUGCGGCGGGAAGGGCGCAGGGUCGCAUCCUGCGGGCGCGGGGCAGGAGCUGAGCGACUGCCCGGGGUCGGGGCGGCCCUCCCCAGCAGAGGACUGGCUGUGCCCUGCACUGCUCCCCGGCUCCUGCAGCAUCAGCGACCUGCCCCUGCCGGCCCCCAGCCCCGCGCAGCUUCGCCUGACAGAGGAGGAGAAGAGGCUGCUGGCACAGGAGGGGGUGAUGCUGCCCAGUGCCCUGCCCCUCACCCAGGCUGAGGAGAGGAUCCUGAAGAAGGUGAGGAGGAAGAUCCGCAACAAGCAGUCUGCCCAGGACAGCCGGCGCAGGAAGAAGGAGUAUCUGGAUGGGCUGGAGAGCAGGGUGGCUGCGUGCUCAGCCCAGAACCAGGAGCUGCGGAAGAGAGUCCAGGAGCUGGAGAAGCUCAAUGGGUCCCUGCUGUGGCAGCUGCAGGCACUGAUCAAGCAGACGUCCAACAAGGCUGCCCAGACCAGCACCUGUGCCCUGAUCCUGCUCCUGUCCCUGGGACUCAUCCUCUUCCCCAGCUGCAGCCCCUUCCGCUGGCGGACAGAGGGCAGCCAGGGUGGGCAGAAGCCCACUGGAGUGAUUUCCAGGCACAUCCUGACCCAGGGGGAGCUGCUGGGACCAGCUGGAGAAUCCCAGUCCCCGGUGCCAGGGUGGCUGUUGGCAGAAGCGCCAGGACCAGUGGCUGCCAUGGAGGAUGGAGCUGAAGGGGGGCACAGGGGUGGGGGGCUCCUCCCUGACAGGGAACUGGGCACCAACUCUUCAGAGCAGGCCACCCCAGGGGAUGUGGGGACAGCAAAACAGGGACAUGGGGAUGAGAUGUGA